AUGCAAACGUCUCGAUAUAAAGGCGACCUUUUAAAUAAAUAAAGGCAUGGAACGGGUUGUUAUGUAUAUGAAAACGGAGAAAUAUAUGAAGGAGAAUGGAAAAACGAUAAAAUACAUGGAUAUGGAAUACUUAAAGAUUAAGAUGGAAUCGAUAUUUAUAAUGGAGACUGGGAAUAUGAUUUAUAUAAUGGAUAAGGAAGAUUAAGAAAUCAAAAUAUUGUUUUUAGUAGUUCCGAUAAAUUAGAUUAUAAAAAUUUUGAUAAUUUAACUUAAAACUGGUAAUUUUAUAGCGGAAGUUUUACUAAUGGAAAUAUGCAUGGAUAAGGAACUCUUAUUAUGUUUAAUAAUGAAAAGUUUGUAGGGUAAUUCCUUAAUGGAAAAGUUGAUGGCGAAGGUUGUUAUUAUAUGAACAACGGAUAAGUUAUUUCUGGAAUAUGGAAGAAUUAGAAAUUACCACCUUAAAAUGGGCAUGGUCCUUUAAUAUCAAGGAGAGGUCCUACUGCCUCAAAAUAAUAGUCAGCCAAUACUGAAAAUCGUCCAAUGACAUCUUUAAAAGGAGUAGGUUAUGGAAAAUAAUAGAAAGGCGAUGAUUUUUAUGAGACAAAAAUGAAAUUAGAUUUAAAUAAGAAGAUAGAAGUAAAUGCAGAAAAUAAUUUUAAAAAUAUGGAAUAAGAAAUAAACGAUUUGAUUGAGAAAUCAGCAUAAUCAAAUUUAAAAGGUAAUUUAAACGAAGCAUUAGAGAAAGCAAAGGAAGCUUUUAAUAAAGAGAAAAACUUAAAAAGACAAAAAGAAAAUGCUAAUUAAAUAGAUAGCAUUAAUAUGGACUUAAGUUUUACAAUACAAUUUAAUUUAGCUAAUUAAUUAUAAGCAAAUGGUAUUUACUAAGAAGCUUUAUAAAAAUAUAACGAUAUGAUUAAAAGUAGACAAUUUCCUUAAGCAGGAAAGUUAAGAGUAAAUAUGGGAAAUAUAUAUUUUGCAUAAGAAAAAUACUCUAUAGCAAUAAAAAUGUAUAGAAUGGCACAUGAUUUAAUUCCUCCAACAUCAAAACAAAUGAGGUUUAAAAUACUAUAAAAUAUUGGACACUCAUUUGUAAAAUUAGGAUAAUUUGAAGAAGCUAUAAAUACUUAUGAAACAAUAAUGAAAGGAUAUCCUUAAUUUAGUACUGCCUUUAAUCUUCUCUUAUGUUUGUAUGGAUAAGGAGAUAAAGUUAGAAUGAAAGAUUGCUUUUCUUCUAUGUUAAGUAUAGAAAUAUAAGGUUAUACAUAAGAAGAAGAAGAAGACAUAAAUAAUUAAGAAACUACAUAUAGUGAUAUGUUAAGAGAAGAAAUAAAGGAAAAGAAAAGAUAAGCUAUUGAUAUUUUGGUCAAAAGUGCGAAAUUAAUAGCUCCAGUGAUAGAAGAAGACAUAAUAGACGGUUACAAUUGGAUAAUAGAGACAUUAAAAAAAUCUUAUUUUCCAGAAGUAGAGGCGGAAGUAGAAAUAUCAAAAGCAAUGGCUUUUUUGAAAUCUAAGAACAUGGAAAAAUCAAUCGAAACAUUAAAAUCUUUCGAAAGGAAAGAUAAAAUAAUGAUGGGUAGAGUAGCAACAAACAUAUCUUUCCUUUAUUUCCUUGAAAAUGAUUUAAAAAAUGCAGAAAAAUAUGCAGAUAUAGCUAUUAAUUUUGAUAGAUUUAACCCUAAAGCAUUAGUAAACAGAGGCAACUGUAUGUUUGCAAAAAAUGAAUUCUUAAGAGCAAAAGAAUAAUUUCUAGAAGCUAUUGGUGUUGAAGCAGAUUGCAUUGAAGCUUUAUACAAUUUGGCUUUUGUUAACAAAAAACUUAAUAUGUUUGCUGAAGCUUUAUAAGCUUUAGAAAAAUUAUAAACUAUUAUUUCUACACCUGAAGUUGUCUAUUAAAUGGGCAGUAUACAUGAAUUAAUGGGAAAUACUAAAUAAGCUUUAAAAUGGUAUUAGGUUCUAUUGACUAAAGUGCCUUCUGAUCCUAAUAUUUUGGCUCGUGUAGGAAAUAUUUUUGCUAGGGAAGAUGAUGAUAAUUAAGCUUUACAUUAUUAUUCUGAGUCCUAUAAAUAUCUUCCUACUAAUAUUGAAACUAUAGGAUGGUUAGGUAUUUAUUAUGUUAAAUAAGAACUUUAUGAAAGAGCCUGUCAUUUUUUUGAAAGAGCUUCUUAAAUUCAAUCUAAGGAAAUUAAAUGGAGAUUAAUGGUUGCUUCUUGCUAUAGGAGAAUGUCUUCUCUUAA